CGCCCGGAAGGAGCCGGCCCGCCCGAGCGCCCGCGGCGGCUGAGUCAGGCGGGGACCAUGGGGCGCCUGAGCCGGGAAGCCUGGGCCCAGCGCCUGGGCGCCUUCCGGGCCAGCCCGUCCGCCUUCAUGGCAGGUCCCGAGGGUGAGGAUCUGGGUCGUGACCUGCUGAGCGACCUGAGGAGUGAGAAGCUCAGCGAACAGACCAAGGUUUCCUUGCUGGUCCUGAGCUUGGAGUACCCAGCCCAGCUGUGGCCGGACGCCCCUGCGGCCGAGGCAGCCGCCAGCUCCCUGUUGGACACCCUGGUGCUUUUACCCCCGCGGCCCUCAGCUCUGCGGCAGCCCCUGCUGCUGGCGGCCACCACAGCCCUGGCAGCAGGAGGUGCGCUGGGCCCCACCUCGGCGGCCUCCCGCCGGCUCCUGCCCUUACUGCUUGGCUUGGCCUCCGGCCGAGAUCUGGGGCGAGGCUUUGGCCCCGCCUCGGAGCAGCGCCCCCUGCAGGCCACAGCGUGCGAGUGCCUGCGGGAGCUGGAGAGCUGCAAGCCCGGGCUGCUGGGGGGCUGCCUGGGGCUGCUGCGGGGCCUGCUGGGCCAGGAGGGCCCGGUGGGCCCGGUCCAGCCACUCAGCCUGCUGCUGGCGCUUGCUCUGCGCAACACGUUGGUGACACAGGCCAGGGCCGGCGCUGGCCUGCAGGGCCUGCUCGUGGCCGGGGUCUCUCCUGCUGGAGCCAGUCCCUGGAACUGGACACUAGCCGAAGACGGCGAUGCCCACCUUCAGCCCCAGGCACCCAGCUGGCUGGCAGCUGAGGAAGGGGAGUGUGGCCUCGCAGCACUAGAGCCCAGUCCUGAGGAGGCCCGGGAGCUGCGAGCUGCGGUGGCCCAGCUUCUGGACACCUCCUACCUGCUCACUCCCGUGGCCCAGGCCCAGCUUCUCUGGCUGCUGGGCUGGGCCCUGCGGGGUCUUCGGGGACAGUUGCCAGUGCUCUUCAAGACGCAGUUGGUCCGGCUGCUGGGCACAGCACAGCUGACGCUGCUGCACGCUGUGCUGGCACUCAAGGCGGCCUUCGGGGAGGCACUGUUCACGGCCCAGGAUGAGGACUUGCUGCUCCGCCGUCUCACUUUGGCGGCCCAGCACCCGGCCCUGCCCCCGCCUACCCACCUCUUCUACCUGCACUGCCUCCUGAGCUUCCCUGAGAAUUGCCCACUGGGCGCCACGGGUGAGGAGGCUGCCCCGCUGCUGCUGCGGCCCCAGCUGUGCCGGGGCCUCCUGCCCAGUCUCCUGCACGACCCCAUGGCUCUCCUGGCCCGUUUGCAUCUGCUGUGCUUGCUCUGUGCUGAAGACGAAGAAAAGGACGAGAAAGGCCAGGGUCAGAGCCCCCAGCGCUACUUAGGGGAACUGCUGGCCGGCCUGCGGCAGAGGGCAGCCCUGGACGGGGGCCCCCGGGCCUUGGCCACUCUUUGCUUCCAGGCCUCGUAUCUGGUUGCUCACUGCCUGGCCGGGCAACCUACGGUGAUGACAUCCUUGACUCACGGACUGGUCCGGCUGUACCGAGACCGGCCUGUGCUGGCUCCCCAUUUUGUGGACCUCUUGGAUCGAGUGGGCCCUGAGCUGGGGGAGCCCCUGAGGGUGGCGUUGCGGCAGGAGGUGGUCUCCAGGCCAGGCAAGGAUGAGGCCCUUCGCUGGCACCUGCAGAUGCUGGCAAAGGUGGCAGAUCGGGGUGCCCAGAGUGGCACCCUCCGCUUCCUGCAGGCUGCAGCCGCCCACUGCACAGACUGGGGCCUCCAGCAGGCCCUGCUGCAGGUCUGCCGGGCCCUGCUGCGGGCGGGUGUCAGGGGAGGCCUGGCGGACUUGCUGCAGGCGCUGGCCAGGCAGCUGGAGGACCCUGAUGGGCGGGACCACGCCCGCCUCUACUACAUCCUCCUGGCCCACCUGGCAGCGCCAAAGCUGGGAGUGGCCCUGGGCCCCUCACUUGUUGCACCUGCACUGGCCUCUUCCUUGGUGGCCGAGAACCAGGGCUUUGCCGCAGCGCUGAUGGUGCAGGAGGCCCCGGCCCCGAUUCGGCUGAGCGUGGGGCCCCGCAGAGCCGAGGGCCCCGGCCCAGUGCUGCAGCUCCAGGUGGAGGUGCUGGAGCCCGUGUACUCUCUGGAGCUGCGCUUCCGCGUGGAGGGACAGCUCUACGCACCCCUGGGGGCUGUGCACGUGCCCUGCCUGUGCCCCGGCCGCCCCGCCCACCCUUUGCUCCUGCCCCUGCAGCCCCGACGGCCGGCCCCCACGCAGCUGGAUGUGCGUGCCCUGUACACCACACCGGCUGGCCUCACCUGCCACGCCCACCUGCCACCGCUGCCUGUGAACUUCGCUGACCUCUUUCUGCCUUUCCCCCAGCCCCCCGAAGGGGCAGGGCUGAGCUUCUUUGAGGAGCUCUGGGACUCCUGCCUGCCAGAGGGCACCGAGAGUCGCCUGUGGUGCCCUCUUGGGCCUCAGGGGCUGGAGGCCUUAGUGUCCCGCCACCUGGAGCCCUUCGUGGUGGCUGCCCAGCCCCCCACAAGCUACCACAUAGCCAUCCGCCUGCCCCCAGACUCGAGGCUGCUGCUGCGGCUGGAGGCAGCCCAGGGGGAUGGAGUGCCCGUGGCCCUGAGGACCGACGACUGGGCUGUUCUGCCCCUGGCAGGGGACUACUUCCGUGGGCUGUCAGCUGCUGCCUGAGCCCUGGGGCCAAGCCAGGUGGGAGCAGUACCGCGGCCCUUGUAGGGUCUUGUUGAAUAGGGGUCGCUGAGGACCAGAACAUGAUCCUGUGGCUCCUCUCUUAAAAAAUCUACAUUCACCAACA